GCCAUCCGCGCGUCCUUAUAUUCCGCCAAUGACGGCUUGUAUAAGCGGUCAUAUUUGCGCAUUUCUUCCGACAAAACUUCAAUCUGAUAUAUUAUCUCGUAAACAGCCUUCGUUUUAAUAAUGGCGGUCGCUUUCGACGCAAGCCUAUAAAAAUGGGUCGACGCACGCAAUCACGCAAGGAGGUGUGAAAGGGCACGCAAGGAACGCGCAAGGGGGUCUUGCGUCUGCGUUUCCUUGCGUCGCUCCGAAAACGCAGAAGCAUAAACUAGGCUUGACUGUUCUCCCGUACCCGUGAGUCGGGACUCCCAUGUCCGCCUCCCGAGCUGCUAGCUGUCUUAAUGUCGCUAGGCUGCAUCCUUGUAGCCUCCGGCCUCCACCAGCCUUCGCAAUGGACCUGGUAGACAACCGAGCGGUCUCUGAAAUAGGACGGCUCUGGCCUUACGAGGGGACUUCCUGCCCGCGUCAUCAGCUUUACCUCCACUGGUCCCGUUGCCUCGCACCCUGCUGCGCUUGACAGUAAAAGCAUUGAAAGGGAAGAAAAUUACGAAGUACAGAUAAAGAAGCUGACAGAACCCAAGACGUUUUGGUUAUAUUCAAAUUAAUAUUAAAUCUUUAAGCUAAGAGUAAGAAUGCAAUCUCAAGGCAGAGGAGAUUCCAUCAAUAUUUAUCACAACAGCAAACACAUUUAUUAACAAGGACGUUUUAUUAUUUUCUCCAUAAAACAAAACUAAAUGUAAAGUUAGUUUAUAAUCACACGACAAAACAAAAGGAGCAAGGCAAGUUCAGUUCCGUGGAACAAAGUAGUGGGGUAAAGUAUGAGCUUUCCUGUUGACUCACUGAACAUUGACUCCACCACCAUUGCGCAGCGGUCGGGGGAAUUUCCGCAUUUGACACAGUGAAUUACUACCGCUACGCUCUCUCACGGCUCAGUGGAUCUACGCUCUGCGCUGCAGAUGGACCCGAACACGUUCCUCUACGAUGUCCCGCCGGUUGUCAUCGAGAGACUGUGCCAAAUCCUGGACAGUGGGGUUGACAGGUUAGGGUGGCGCGCACUAGCUGUCCGAGUAGUUCCCAGCUCGUUAGAGGUCCGAAUGUUGGAACGCGUGGAGGCAGCUGGUCGGAGUCCCACUUCGGAGCUUCUUUGGUCCUGGGCUCAGGAGAAUCCAAGGCUGCUGGACCUUGUUAAGCUGCUGCAGGAGAUGGGCCAUCAGAGGGCCCUGCAGCUCCUCCAGGGUCCAGAGUUGCCAGUGCCAACCAGCAGUCCACACGCCGACUACAGAGGACACAUGGACGCGGAUGAAGAGAAGGGAUCCUUCCAACGAGAAGAGAGUCCUGCAAGUCAGGCAUCAUGCCAUGUGACCUCCGCUGAAGAAAAUAAGCCACCCGUAAUUACCUUCCAAGACAUCAUAGAUGGAACGAGAAAUUUUCACCUUGAAAUGAGAAUUUCAGAGGGACACUUCUGUGAUGUCUACAGAGCACAGAUAGGAAGUGAAAAGGUGGCGGUGAAGCUUUUUAAACAGACAAACAUGGCAUCAUGGAAGAAGCUGUGGGACGUCUUCAGGAAAGAAAUGGAAAUUCAUCAUAUGUACCAACAUCCAAACAUCUUGGACUUGUUGUGCUGUUUUACUGAUGCGGGCCGCUACUGUCUGGUCUAUCCUUACCUCGCCGAUGGGUCGCUCUUCCACCGACUCCAUCAUCAGGAUAGAGAGCCUCUGUCCUGGCAGCAGCGCCUUACCAUCAUCAAGGGAACUGCGAAGGCCUUGCAUCACCUCCACACAGCACAGCCCUGCCCGGUCAUUUGUGGCAGCAUCUCCAGUGCUAACAUACUCCUGGGCAGCAACCUGCAGCCCAAGCUGUCCAGCUUUGGGAUUGCUCGUCUUCGUCCUCAUUCAGCCAAUCAGAACAGCACUGUCACUCUGGACACAAGGUCCCACAGCAACCUGGGAUACCUCUCUGAGGAGUACAUCCGAGACGGCAAGCUGUCCUUUAGCCUGGAUGUUUACGGCUUCGGAAUGGUAAUAAUGGAAACGGUAACAGGACGCAAGGUCACAGGGGAGGUAUCGAAAAAAACACCUCUGAGAGAUCUGCUUGUAACUGAGGUGGAGGACAGUGGCGGCGUGGACUCUUGUCUGCAGUUUUUAGAUGAGACGGCCGGCUGUUGGCCCACCGCCGUGGCCCUCGACCUUUUGCGUCUGGCCUUGGAUUGCACGGCCAGCCGCCACCGUAGCAGACCAAGCAUGCAGAAGGUUCUUCUUGCAUUGAGCAAGCUGCUUCCUCCUCCUAGCUGCCUCAUCGCCGACCAACCCCACAGCUUAGACGACCCUUGUGAUUCCAAGCCGAGCCCCCCACUUUCCAUUCCUGUGGAGCACGACGAGCAGCUCAGCCCCCACGCUUCUCCAACACGGGCGCGGCUCGGUGAAUGCAGCCAGUCGGAGUUGACGUAUCUGAGCGACGCCGGGGGGGCUGUUGACCUGUACAGCAGCUGGCCCGUGCAGUGCAGCUGCCCCGCUGAGAGCGGCGGUCUGGCCUGCGAGGACUGCAGAGCCAACGGCUUCACCAGCGACAGCACAGACGGCCCUCAGACUGAAUCCCUUGGGAUGGAAAAUGCAGCCAAGGAGAGACUGAGGAACAAACUGAGUCUUUACGACAAAGGGCUGAUUCACACACAGGAACUGUUCUCUGAAAUAAACCUACAGUAGGGAACAGACUUCCUGCUAACAGUGUGGGUUUCAUAAAACCAAGGUGAUCAGAGGGCAUAUCAAUCAUUUUGAGUUUAGACAAAUAUUUUAUAGAAGAAAGGUUACAUUUUCUUAAUCUCUGUGUAAGAUAUCUGUCAUUUUGCUUCUUAAAUGGGUUGUCAGCGUAAAGUAAAACGCGACGUCGUCAGAGGUGAAGUUGCCUGUUUGUGGGGAAAAGGUGUGAUAACUGAAUUUGAUGGUAAGCGUUCGGCUUCAGUCCGCUAACAUUCUCACAUGCUCAGCAAUAUGCCUCCCUAACACUCCUGUCUGACACUGUCAGGCUGCAGAAUACUUUUCAUAUUUGCAACUCAAGUUAUCACAUAUAGACUACAACUUAUCUUAGAUAUUAUAUUUAUUAUUUUAUUAUAUUUUUUUUAAAGAAAAAGAAUAUUAUAUCUAUUCUACUAACUCAUUGCAUUAGCAUUUCAUUUAUUUUAUUACUUGUGCACUGCUGUCUUGUUGUCUAUUGUUACACUGUCUACUGUCACGCACCAACUGCCAAGACAAAUUCCUUGAAUGUUUGACAUAUUUUGGCAAUAAAUGUUUCCUGAUUCCUGAUUCCUGAUAGUGCCAUAUUCAAUCCCAAGUGGUGUCAAAAUGAAAAAAUAUAUACCUUUAUUCCUAUGUUAGCUUUAGUCACGGUAAUGUAUGGUCACUGAAUGUAAUAAUUCAUUCAGUAUAAAAUGAUGCACCUUUAAACACCCUUUAAAAGACUGUGGUCGACUAAAAGGUAAGUAGAAAAAAGUGGUGGCGUAUAGAGUGCUGCCAGAUGUUUGUUUUUUCUGGCGAAUCCUAAAAGCACCGCACCUGUACAAAAUGUCAAUAGGAUUUCUCAUUGGAUUGUGCAUUAUUCCAGAAAAUAAGAUCAGUAACCAGCACAGGUUUAUGAUGCCAAACAGUCAUGUUCAAUAACAUAUUUUUCACAAAUAAAACCACUUUUAUGAUAUGGGAAA